AUCGCGAAUUAAUUUUUCCACUUUCGGCGAUUCAAAAGUUCGUUAUUUUGAAUUUUUAAGAUUAUUACUCUUCAGUGAUGGUAGCCAUAAAUGCCAUUAUUCAAACAGUAAACUUUCACGUACAUCUUCAGUUAUUGUGAAAAUUAGAACAGUUUACUAGCGGACAAAAAUGAAUUCCAAUGUUAUUACCUCAAGUUCAUUUACAUCCAAGGACCUCCUUCUAAGGAAACUGUAUUAUUCAAUAGUGAGCAGUGUGUUUUCUCAACUAGCAUUACUACUGGUGUAUGUACUUUUAUCUAACAUCAAUAUUCUACAUCCAAUUGACUGGGUUCUGUCUACCUUGAAGACUUUUACAUCAUUGACCACAUGGCUGUUUGUGAUACCUUUCAUAACACUAGUAUUCGCACAGAGUAUAAUUUGUGCAAAGGAUUAUGUAUUCAAAUCCAGUUAUUGUUCAACUAGGUUCCAGAAAUUCAUCUCAAUUUUCUCAGUCCACAACAUAGUUCUAUUGGCAUUGAAUAUCAUUGUUGGAACUACUUCUGUGUGGUUGUUUUCAUCACUUGGUGGAACUCAAUACCAAUACCUGACUAGGAACUGUAAAGGGCAAAGUUAUUGCUUAAAUGAAGGCAGUUUUUUCCUUAUUUGUAGUGGAUUCUGGACUGGAUUUUACUAUUUCAUGAAAAUAUACUUAUCAGAGAAGCAUUUAUCAUUUCCUGUUAUCCAGCAAAAGAAGCUGCUUCAGUUCAAGUCACAAUUACUACCUUUCCUAAAAGAAAGCUUCUCAUCUUCCAUUUGGCCUAUGGUUUAUUUUUUAUGUUUAUACAGAGCAUGGGGAAACAGUCUCAGUGAAAGUUUCUGUUCAUUUUUUGGACUAGGCCAAGAAGAAAGCAGUGACAGUCCCAUGAUUUACUUCUACCUCUGGAUGUUUGGAGCUUUGUUUCAUUUCAACAUGAAACUCAUGAGGUUUUUCUUCAAUCUCUUCCUGACUGAACCCAUUGAGUUCCCCUUGUGCAAAAUAUCACCAGACUCAUUGAGUUUGCAAGAGGGCAUAAUGAUAUCAGAUCUACCCAUCAUCCAAAAUCUAGCUUGUUUGGAUCUGUCCACCCUGUCCAGAUGGUCAAAACACAGGAGACAGGUACUGUUCACUCUGUCACAUCCUGGAGGACAUCCUCAUAACUGGAACAUCUUGACAGAAAACCUACUCAAACUAUUGACUGCAUAUUCUGAACUUCUCAGUAAAUCCACUGACACUGCUGAGACCAUCAAAACACCUGCACCAGUAACUUAUCAGAGCCCUAUCCAAUCACCUGGGAGGUUCAGGAAUUUACGCAACAUGUCUUUGAUGUCUGACAGGGGCAUUGCUGAUAUUGUUGAUGUCACUCAUGCCCCUUUGGCAGGUCUUUCUGUGCCAAACACACUAUUCCACAAGCUCACCCAGAAAAUCAACAACACCUUGGAAGUCCUCAAAGUUGUCUUUGGGAUCAACUUCAUAUUCGGGGAGUUGCCGCAAGCUAAUAUACAAAAAUGCUUGGCCAAUGGACUCAUCAUCAUCUGGAGCAGCCAAGGGAUAUCUGAUUUGGUUUGUGCUUCCAUUGAGGAAGACCGUUUUGGGAUAGUGCAGAAGGAUUUACCAGCGAUAAUAACGGCCUUGGUGCAUUUGAAGCAGAAUUUGGAUAAGCUCAACAAGGUCCCGGCGCUUACUAAGAAGAUCGCGGGGUACGACGAUUUCAACUACAAGAUGAAGGGGGCCAUCAGUGGGGCGUUGAAGAGGAGUUUGUUCAAUAUUUGUAGGACUUUCGGGAAGUUUUUGGGCGAGUUUCCGCUGAACAAGGAUGUGGUGUUGUACUUACAAACGAUUUAUAAGAGUUAGCACAUGUUAGGGUUCUUUGAUUAUUUGUCAUUUGAUUUUUUAUUGCUUCUGAGAAUUUUGAGAGACUGACUCAUUACAUUUUGUGAAUGCAUUUGUUUAUAUUUUGUACUGAAUAAAUUGAAUUAUGAUGG